AUGGUAGCAGUGUUUGAGGUUUCAAAAAACAACAUCGUAUUACACAUGUCAUUGGCGACAGCAAGGUUCCCUCUUAACGCCUCCCGCCAGACACGGUACCCGGCACCCACUCUGGAACUUAUAGACGUGGCCUUACCCUCAAACACGGCCCUAGCAGAUGUUAUGCCGGAUUCUUCCUCUCAUGUCCUCUGCUGUCUGGACACUGAUAAGGCCAAACGUUUAGCCUGGGAUGACUACUACCGCUAUGACUCCAUUCUUCGUUUCGCCAAAGAACUUGCGUUGAACUACUCGACUGUGGAAUUCCUCGAAAUCGGUCACAGCGUGGAGGGGCGUACGCUGUUCGCUCUCAUUUUCUCCAACAAGCCAAAAGUCUUGGUGAGAAAAUAUAAGAGGAAAAUGCAGCAACAGGAAAGGCAGAAAACAGACUGGCUUCGCGAUCUAACUCUUGAAAAAUCUAAAGAGGGAAAAAAGACACGCAGAAGACAGGGCAAGAAGCAGUAUGUCUUUAUAGAAGCUGGCAUGUCUUCACGCUAUAAUCUAAAUAUGGGUUAUGACAAAUGGGUAGCAAAUUGGCAAAUAUUUCUCCUCUAUGGCUGUGCGACCCCUUCUAGCCUUCUGCUACACAGCCGUCACUCGUUAUCACUUCAGAUCAUUCUGCUUGCUACUAACCGCAGUCCUCUUUCUCCUUCAGGAGCCCACGCCCGGGAGUGGCUCUCCCCGGCGAUGGCGACUUUCCUGGCGCAGAAACUAGCAGACGCCGGGAAGAAGUUCCUGCAGCAGGUGGCCGUGGUCCUCGUGCCGAUGGCCAACCCCGACGGCUACGAGUUCUCGCACACCAACGACCGGCUGUGGCGCAAGAACCGGCAGAACACGUCCAAGCCAGAGUGCAAGGGCGUCGACCUCAACCGCAACUGGGCCAAGUCGUGGGGCACCUCCGGCUCCAGCAGCAACCCCUGUGCCGACACGUAUCGAGGGAGCCAGAGCUUUUCUGAGCCCGAGACGCGAGCUCUCCGAGACCUAGCUGGCGUGUGGAUCAAGAAAUUCUCAUUGUUUCUGAGCUUGCAUACCUACGGCAGCUACAUCCUGUACCCUUGGUCUCACACCCAGACAGCGAGUCCGAGAAACAAGCCGCUGAAGAGAAUUGCAACAAAAAUGACAAAAUACUUAAAGGAUAAUGGCUACAAGAAUUUCUUGUACGGCCAAACAAGUAGCACGCUAUACCAGGCGUCCGGGACAUCUGAGGACUACAUGCUAACAGCGGGGGUAAAGUACGAUUUCACAGUCGAGCUCCCUGGUUUCAGCUUUCAGUUUAAUGUAAAGAAGAUCAAGUCAGUUUCGAAAGCAUUUUGGGAAAUGUUGGUCUGCAUUAUUGGGGAUAUUGCAAAGCAGAAGAAUCUUAAAGAAUAUUGCUCGAAACGCAUUGUGAAGAUACUGCUGGAAGACGGAUCGAGUUAUAGUGGCUGGGUAGAUAAAGACAUUCCCAUUGAUGAAGCAAAGGACAUCGUUAAAGAGAUGUAUAAGAAAAAACAUAAGAAUAAAGAUGAGACUACGACUAUUGUUAAUACUAGUUUGCCCGCAGUUACUAAAGAACCAAUUAAUGGAUCCUGAAAAAC